CCAGGAAUACCCCUCCCUCCUACUGAAAUAUCACAUCAAACCAUAACAAGAUGGCCUCCUUGUCAGUGGAUCCAGUGACGGAGCCACGGAUGUACCAGCAAACGCUCCUACAAGAUGGGCUCUGUGAUCUCCUGGAUGCUAACAAGUUUGUGGACUGCGUUCUGAAGAUCAAAGACAAAGAGUUUCCUUGUCAUAGGCUAGUGCUAGCUGCUAGCAGCCCUUACUUCAAAGCCAUGUUCCUUUCAGACCUGGAAGAGAGCAAAAAGCGGGAGAUUGUCCUAAAAGACAUCGAACCUGGAGUCAUGGAAAUGAUCCUGAGGUACAUAUACACCUCGGAUAUCAACCUGACUGAGCAUAACGUCCAAGACAUUUUCAUGGCGGCCAACAUGUACCAGAUUCCAUCAAUUUUCAGCGUGUGUGUCUCGUAUCUGCAGCAGAAGCUGGUUCUUGGUAACUGUCUGGCCAUCUUUAGACUGGGACUGUUGCUGGACUGUCCACGUUUGGCUAUGGAGGCUCGGGACUUCAUCUGUGACCGGUAUGCCCUCAUCAUUCGGGACCAGGACUUCCAUCAGUUGGGUCCCAGCGAGUUGGCGGCUAUCAUCACAUGUGACUCUCUGAAUGUGGAACGAGAAGAGUUGGUGUUUGAAUCUCUCAUGGACUGGGUGGAGUUCGACACGGGAGAGAGAUUGAAUGACCUGCCGCAACUUCUACACUGCAUACGUUUCCGUCUUAUACCGACGAGUUACUUUAAAGAGAAAGUCGAGGGCCACAGAUUGAUCAGGACAAAUCAGGAGCUCGAGAAGGAGCUUCAGAUCGUCAAGGAUGCACAGAAAGGAGUGCUACACAGGGUCAAAAGGGUCAAGAAGGAAGGCGAGACAGCAGAUUCUGAGGACGAGGAUGAGGGUAUGCUGCCAGGAAUCCUAAAUGACAAUCCACGUUUUGGAAUGUUUCAAUCAGACCUUUUAUUGAUGAUUAGUGAUACAGGAACGGUAGCGUAUGACGUUGAUGCAAACGAGUGCUUCGUGGCAUCUUCAUCCACCGAGAUCCCUAAGAACCAUUGCAGUCUUGUCACAAAGGAAAAUCAGAUCUUUGUUGCUGGAGGUCUGAUGUACAACGAAGAGAACAAAGAACAGCCGUUCAGUUCCUACUUUCUUCAGUUUGAUCCCAUGAGCUCUGGAUGGUUGGGGAUGCCCUCACUACCAGACCCUCGGUGUCUGUUCGGUCUGGCGGAGGCUGAGAACUCCAUCUAUGUGGUGGGAGGAAAAGAGCUGAAGGAGGGAGAACGUGCACUAGAUUCUGUUAUGAUCUACGACAGACAGUCAUUCAAAUGGGGAGAGUCAGACCCUCUUCCAUACGCAGUUUAUGGACAUGGAAUUGUUUCACACAAAGGACUGGUCUAUGUGAUAGGUGGCAAAACUGAGAGCAAGAAAUGCCUGAGGAGAAUAUGUGUCUAUGACCCCUCUAAGUUUGAAUGGAAGGAUCUGGCACCCAUGAAAACCGCCCGCUCGCUGUUUGGCACUGCUGUUCACAAAAACAAAAUCUAUGUGGUGACUGGAGUCACUGAUAACGGCCUGACUAGCAGUGUGGAGGCCUAUGACAUCGCCAGCAACUCCUGGUCAGAGUUCGUGGAGUUUCCUCAGGAGAGAAGCUCUCUUAACCUGAUCGAACUGGGCGGCUGCUUGUAUGCUAUGGGGGGUUUUGCUAUGAUGCCCAAUGAGACCACAGAAAAACUGGAGCCCACUGAAAUGAAUGACAUAUGGAGGUUUGAGGAGGAGGAGAACUGCUGGAAUGGGAUCCUGAGGGAGAUCCGUUAUGCUGCAGGGGCCACAGUGGUUGGAGUGAGUCUGAACACCUUGAGACUCACAAAGAUGUGAUCUACAGCUGUCAUCUAUUGACAGAAUACACAGUAAACAAUGUCACCCACAUCUUCAUAAAAGAGCAAUACAUAUUCCAUUGAAUCA